GAGGGUCAUUCUCAGACAGUUCUGCAGGGCUGCAAUAAAUCACCCUGCACAUUCCCACCCCUCCUUCCCUCCCUCUGUCUGUCUCCCUCCCUCUCUCCCUCUCACUCUCUCUCCUUCCUUCCUUCCUCCCAUCAGCUUGCCACCUCUCACUUUGCAGCCUCUUCUCCUUUGCUUUCCUUAACCCAGGACCCUCCUCCCCCUUGUCCCCCCAUUCUCACCCCUUUUUUUAAAAAAAUAAUUGGGGUGGUGGUAAAUGACUAUGCUCCCCUAUAACCCUAAUCCUUCCUGAUAGUCAAGAACACCCUUUAUCUUGCAGAUUAGGGACGUUCGGUGCCAGAUAAUAGAAACAAAAAACAAAAACCCUCUCUCUCUCUUCAUAUCAAGCCACCCCAACUAAUAUGACUCCUGGAUCCAUCUAAAAUAUAUAUAUAUAUUGGAGGAGGUCAUCGAUGCACCUCUAUCGGAUCUAGAAAGAGAAGACUCAAGAAGCCUCCUCCAGACAGGGAGCCACAAUUCCAGACUGGGGUUUAUUUGGGGUGGGAGGGUGGUAGGAGCAAAAUAUAUGACAUUUCUCAAAAUUAAAAAAAAAUAUAUAUAUAUAUUUCAGGACAAGGGAGGAAGAGAAAUUUUUUUUUUUCCUCUCUCUUUUUUGGAUUUUUUUUUUUUUUUAUUAAUUUUUAUUUUUUAAAUAUUCUCGGCACCAAAGAAGACGGGAUCCCUUAUUCUACAGACAUUGCAACCUGCAAAAAAGGACAGCUGGGGGCGCUCUGGGUGUAGCCAUCGAUCAUGCACUCACUGGACGAGCCCCUGGACCUGAAGCUCAGUAUCUCUAAGCUGCGGGCAGCACGAGAGAAGAGAGAUCGCAACGGGGGGAGCACUAAGAGAAAUGUGGUGCACCAUGAACUGAUGAUCCGGGACGAUGGGACCACUGUUAUCACCCCCAUCUGCCCCUCACCCCCGCCAGGGUUCCUGUCUCGUUUCCGGGAGGGGGACAGUCCACCCUUCUCUACUCCACCAAUUGUGGACCUCAGCCUCUCCCCUCCUUCUGGGAUGGACUCCCCGAGCCGCUCAUCUUUGUCCCCUGAGAGGGUGACUUGUGGGGACAAUCUGUUGGACACUCCGUCCCUGCGCUGCAGAGGUGACACCGCUCCCAGUCCGUUCCAGUUCUUUCUGCCCCUCAGCUCCGGUCUCCAGCUGCCCCCAUCCAUGUUCCUGACCCCACCGAAGGAAAAGCGUCUGUCCCUGGAGUACACCGAACAGAAACAGCUGGUGUGUCAGUGGGCGAAGUGCAACCGCCUCUUCGAGUUAUUGCAAGAGUUGGUGGAUCACGUUAAUGAUUUCCACGUGAAGCCAGAAAAAGAUGCCGGAUACUGCUGCCACUGGGAGGGAUGUGCCCGGCGGGGGAGAGGAUUCAACGCCAGGUAUAAGAUGCUUAUUCACAUUCGUACCCACACCAACGAGAGGCCGCAUUGCUGCCCGACUUGUCACAAGAGUUUCUCACGGCUGGAAAACCUGAAGAUACACAACCGGUCACACACAGGUGAAAAGCCUUACAUGUGUCCCUACGAGGGCUGCAACAAGCGUUACUCCAACUCCAGCGACCGCUUCAAGCAUACGCGCACCCACUACGUGGACAAGCCCUACUACUGCAAGAUGCCCGGGUGUCAGAAGCGCUACACGGACCCCAGCUCUCUACGCAAGCACAUCAAGGCCCACGGCCACUUCAUCUCACAUCAGCAACGCCAGUUAUUGAAGAUACACCAGCCGCCCAAAUUACCAGCAGCGGGGGAUGGCAGCUAUGCAAGUGGCGCCCAACUCAUUAUUCCCAACCCAGCAGCCAUCUUUGGCAGUCAGACUCUGCCGAUUCCCUUGGCACCAGGACCUUUAGACCUCAGCUCGUUGGCUUGCAGCGGUGUAGCGUCUGCUCUGGCGGGGUUACCAAAUCCCAUGUUGACACUCGCAGGGUCCCCGCUCAACUUGGCCAAGGGCUCCCUGUUGUCCCAGGCUUAUUCUGCAGCAGGCCUCGGCCUGCCUUUAAUGUCUCUGAUUUCAGCAGGAAAAUCCGAAAAUGAAAAGAGGCCUAAGGCUCAAAGGUUGGAGAGCAAUGAGAGGACUGAAGGGACAAAAGUGAGGCCUAGUUCAGCAGAUGCACUGUCUCUGCUACCCAGCGGGGUCUUAGAUCUUUCACCCGGCAUGGGCUCGGAUUCUCUACUGCCAGGAUGGGUGGUCAUCCCUCCAGGGUCUGUGUUACUGAAACCAGCAGUGGUCAACUGAGAAGGCCGUGCCCCCCUGUAACUUUCCCCCUGUGCCCACUUAACCUACACACAACAACGGGGGCCCUUCCUCUGCAGACGAGGCGUGACCCAGUUACAUUCCUGGCCCUGUGAUGAUCCCCGCGGACCUCUUGCACAAGCACCAAUACAGAGAAUGUAUAUUUGCAGCCUCACGAGGGGGGGGGGGGGGGGGGUGUAUUGACCUCCGGAUCUCUUUAUCACUUUAGCAUUUCCCGCAGAAUUGCUUUUUCCCUUUUUUUUCUUUUCUUUAAGUACGUGGGACCAAAAUGUGACGGAACGGUAACGAAACUUUCCACGGACCAGAGGGGUUUUGCGGACUGAGUAUAGAACGAAGCACUUUGCGGUAUUUCGGAGGCCGGGUGAAGUCACGUUGUGAUCUGCAGUCUUUUGUUUCUCUGUAUUCACGAGAGAAGGUUUUGUACGCCUUCCGAGAAAAGCAAUAAUAAUGGAGAUGCUCAGACCGAGCUGACUCUGCAACGACAAGAGGGAGAGGAGCGUGGAUAGUCCGGGAAACAUCCGAUCUCUCAUCCACUCUCCGAUUCUCUGCGUACUCAUCGUCUCUUCUGUAGAUCAGCUCUAUGAUGAUGGCCUAUCACACGCUCAUCCUUCGGCCCCAUCCUCAUUCCAGAACUGUCCCCCCCCCCCAUCUUGGACUUGUAUCCCGAUCGCUCGUUCUCUUAUAUCACAUUCCGUUAGUGGAUAAUAUUUCCAUUUUGACACAUACCUAUGCACUAACUCGCUCUCUGCACUUUCCCAUAAUCCUAUCUACCAGCCCUAACUCCAUGCCGCGCCAUUUCUUUAUCCCGCCCCAACACACACACUAUAGAUAUCCUGUGACAAUGCAUUCAGGCACAAUGAAUGCUGCUUCUCUUUGCUUCUCCUCAGAACGCGCAGAAAAAUUUGCUUAUUUUUUUUUUUUUGUUUUUAAA